CCUCCAUCGUGCCCCUGCCCCCAGCCAUGGUGGGCCACCUGCACUUCCAGGGCAUGGAGGACAGCCUCAAAGAGAAGAGCCGGGAGGGCUUGUUGGACAGUCCCGACUCCGGGCUGCCCCCCAGCCCCAGCCCGCCCUUCUACUCCCUGACCCCCGGGAUCACGGACAGCCGAGCUGCAGGCAGUGGCGCCUCUGCGGAGUCCCCAGCAACCGGGCCCCACCGGUACCCCCAGGAGGCCGUUAUGGCUCCUCACCUCCUCCAGGACCCUUCUGUGCUGGAGAUGAGACCCAGGCUGCACCCGGUGUUCUUUGGGGAAAGCAUUGAAGUAAACCCCGAGCCCAUGCAGGAAAUUCGCUGCAACUCCGAGAUCAAAUAUGAUUCUGAGAAACACUACCGAGAUGACAUCUUCUAUGUCCCCGUCCCCACCGUCACCUCCUACAGUGAGACCAUCAUCGCCACCCCCAAUUGCACAUGGCGGAACUACAAAACCAAGCUGACCUUCGAACCUCGCCAACGGGCCCUGCGUUUCCAGAGCACCACCAUCAUCUUCCCCAAGCACCCCAAAAACACUUACCGCACCACCCUCCACUACAGCCUGGGCUGCCCCAAGCGGUGGUUUGCAUCCAGCGUCCAGCUGGAACUGUGUGAUGACCUCCCCUACCCCGAGGAGCUCUAACCUGGCUCCUGCUCAGAACCAUGGGGGGUGGGGGUGGGGAAGGGAUGGAGACAAGGGAGCUGGAGAUAAACUUGGCCAGGAACCCGGUAGGGGACAGAAUGAGGAAGGCUGGCUGGGUGCAUGCGGCUGGGGGGUGGUCUUGGAAGGGGACUGUUCUUUGAGGCUAAUGGUAAAUGACAACCAGGACCUGGUACAGAGAAGCCACCACCUGCCCCCCAGCAUGGUAUGUUGGUUGUACUGAUCUCGUUUUAC